AUGUCUGAAACCAAAACAGAUAAAGUUGUCAGAUCACUCGUUACGAGGAGCAAACUCGCAAAUUUUCCCUUGAUCUUCGAAACACCCGAUAAACUGCGAACGAUGUCUCAAAAUGAAAAAUUUGUACGAAAGAAGGCUUAUGACAAUUGCAUCGCAGCCGAAAUGCGACGUAAAAAGAGUGAAUUCUUCCAAGAGCAGCAAAAGUUUAUAGCCCAGCAACUAGAGGAGAAUCCUGUGGAGAUCGGUGGUCGCACACACUCGCCGAGCAGCAGCCUUGAAGAGAAGAAGUCUGCGCAUGCGGAGACGGAGACGGCUGACAAAGCCACAGCAGUACUACGGGAGCAACGCGCAGCUUCUUGUCGGAAAUCGCGCAUGAACAAUAAGCUGAAAAAGGAAGCACUAAAGCAUCGCAAUGAUUUUAUAACUGCGAAAGUGGCGGUUACGAAGCACGCACUCGAAACUGUAACAUCGAAAUUGCAAAAAGCGCAACUGUACCUGCUAAGACGUGGAUUUGCUGAAACGCAUAUACAGAAUAUUCGCAGCAUUUAUGGCGUGGGUAGUAUUACUCUGGAUUGAGCAAUGGAAAGUACAUCAAAUGACCGAGAAAUACCGUAUCACAAAUAAUC